GUUAGGUCGUGAAGAUCAAGGCUUCCUAUUGGUUGCAGUUUGUUCGCUCGUUUCCCACCAAUAGAAGAAUACUAUGUUGCUAUACGCAGCAUCAAACAUGGCCGAUAGGUUAACACAGCUGCAAGACGCAGUUAAUUCGAUUGUGGUAAAUUCAGUUGAUUGGACAUGAUUUGGAAAGGCACACACCUGUCUAUAUAAGGUCCCACAGUUGACAGUUCAUGUCAGAGCACAAACCAAGCAUGAAGUCAAAGGAAUUGUCUGUAGACCUCCGAGACAGGAUUGUCUCGAUGAACAAGUCUGGGGAAGGUUACAGAAAAAUUUCUGCUGCUUUGAAGGUCCCAAUGAGCACAGUGGCCUCCAUCAUCCGUAAGUGGAAGAAGUUCAAAACCACCAGGACUCUUCCUAGAGCUGGCCGGCCAUCUAAACUGAGCGAUCAGAGGAGAAGGGCCUUAGUAAUGGGGGUGACCAAGAAUCCGAUGGCCACUCUGUCAGAGCUCCAGAUGUCCUCUGUGGAGAGAGGAGAACCUUCCAGAAGGACAACCAUAUCUGCAGCAUUCCACCAAUCAGGCCUGUAUGGUAGAGUGGCCAGACGGAAGCCACUCCUUAGUAAAAGGGACAUGGCAGCCCGCCUGGAGUUUGCCAAAAGGCACCUGAAGGACUCGCAGACCAUGAGAGAGAAAAUUCUCUGGUCUGAUGAGACAAAGAUUGAACUCUUUGGUUUGAAUGCCAGGCGUGAUGUUUGGAGGAAACCAGACACCGCUCAUCACCAGGCCAGUACCAUCCCUACAGUGAAGCAUGGUGGUGGCAGCAUCAUGCUGUGGGGAUGUUUUUCAGCGGCAGGGACUGGAAGACUAGUCAGGAUAAAGGGAAAGAUGACUGCAGCAAUGUACAGAGACAUCCUGAAUGAAAACCUGCUCCAGAGUGCUGUUGACCUCGGACUGGGGCGGCAGUUCAUCUUUCAGCAGGACAACGACCCCUAAGCACACAGCCAAGAUAUCAAAGGAGUGGCUUCAGGACAACUCUGUGAAUGUCCUUGAGUGGCCCGACCAGAGCCCAGACUUGAAUCCGAUGGAACAUCUCUGGAGAGAUCUUAAAAUAGCUGUGCACCAACGCUUCCCAUCCAACCUGAUGGAGCUUGAGGGGUGCUGCAAAGAGGAAUGGGUGAAACUGGCCAAGGAUAGGUGUGCCAAGCUUGUGGCAUCGUAUUCAAAAAGACUUGAGGCUGUAAUUGCUGCCAAAGGUGCAUUGACAAAGUAUUGAGCAAAGGCAAUGAAUACUUAUGUACAUGUGAUUCCUCAGUUUUUUAUUUUUAAUAAAUUUGCAAAAACCUCAAGUAAACUUUUUUUCACGUUGUCAUUAUGGGGUGUUGUGUGUAGAAUUCUGAGGGAAAAAAAAUGAAUUUAAUCCAUUUUGGAAUAAAUAAGGCUGUAACAUAACAAAAUGUGGAAAAAGUGAUGCGCUGUAUGUCCUAUAAUAUUGCUAAAUUUCUUAUGAAAUUACCAACUCCUGUAGUGGAGGCAUAAAUCUGACAGGUUUAAAAAAAAAAUAUAUAUAUAUAUAUAUAUAUAUAUCUGGAAUAGGGAUUGGGAUAACCUAGCUAUUUGCCAGCCAAACAGCAAGUGAGUGUUAUAGCCUAAAUGGCGUCUUUCUUGUGAGACUCGUUAUGUUCUUAUUGUGUUGAAGUGAUCUGCAACUAAAUGUACAUUUUUAUAAAUUUUUGUUAAUUUAUCCCAGAAAACGGCUCACCCAAAAUGGAGGGAUGAGAUAUUAAAAUGUUGCUGUACAAUGUUAAGGCAUGAGUGGACAUGCUGCAGUAAAACCCAGAAAUUAAAACCUGGUAUUUUUUUGUAGUAUAUGUGCACUUUUUCACUUGAGAUCUAAACAGAAGCAUUGAAUUCACUGUAUGGAAAGGUUU